ACACAACUUCUUUUUUUGGCAGAUUAAAAUACCUAGAAUGGCAGGAGAACAGAAGCCGUCAUGCAAUCUCCUUGAGCAGUUUAUUUUACUAGCCAAAGGUACCAGUGGCUCAGCCCUGACUACUCUGAUAAGUCAAGUGCUAGAGGCCCCUGGUGUGUACGUCUUUGGAGAGCUGCUGGAGCUACCAAAUGUACAAGAGCUUGCUGAAGGACCUAAUGCUGCUUAUUUCCAGUUGCUGAAUCUUUUUGCCUAUGGAACAUACCCAGAUUACGUAGCGAACAAAGAUAACUUGCCUGAGCUAACAGGGGCCCAGAAGAACAAGCUGAAGCACUUGACUAUUGUAAGCUUGGCUGCCAGGAUGAAGUGCAUUCCUUACUCAGUGUUGCUGAAAGACCUGGACAUGAGGAAUUUGAGGGAGCUGGAAGACCUGAUCAUUGAAGCUGUCUAUACAGACAUCAUCCAGGGGAAGCUGGAUCAGCGCAACCAGGUACUGGAGGUGGAUUUCUGCAUUGGCAGAGACAUUCAGAAGAAGGACAUCAGUAACAUUAUGAAAACACUCCAAGAAUGGUGUGAUGGGUGUGAGGCUGUUCUCUUAGGAAUUGAACAGCAGGUGCUUAGAGCGAACCAGUACAAAGAAAACCACCACCGAACACAGCAGCAAGUGGAGACAGAGGUGCCUAUCUCCAGCAGUAGCUGAAACGGAUGCUAAAGAGGGACAGCCUUGAACUCGAUAUGACUAGAAUGAUCUAUCCGCUAUUCAGCAUCCACCAUUAUCGGUUCAGAGACACCAGAGAAAACAUCUCCAACUGUUCUGUUCAGUAGCUAUCACCCAUGAAUUUAUCCACUCGCUUUGUUUAUCCACCUGUUGGUGCUCAUUAGGUUACUCCUGGUGUCUAGUCUGAGGGACCGCCACCCUCAGUUGCCUCCAAACCAAGUCCACCAUGGGGCAUUGGCAGUUACGGUUCCAGGCAGGACAUCUGCCCCUCAGUCAUGCUGUCGGAUAAAACUCAAGAGCAAUUAGUGUGUUCACACCUGAGCUUUGUAUCUGAUGAGCUCCUCUUGGGCCUCUGCGGGCGUUUCCAGUCUCUGCUCACAGAAGGGGCUUCCCCUCUUGCAGACGGUGGAAAAGGCAAGUGCUGAUUCUGUCUCUUCUC